AUGACAGUUGAGUUAAUUGAAAAUUUGCUUGAAAUAUUGCGUUCCGAAAAUCAUUAUGAUCUACCUAAAUCAGCAACGGGCUUACUACAAACCAAGUCUAAUGAAAACAUUCAAGUAAUGAAGAGUUUAAAAAACACAAAUGGGUCGUAUGUAUAUUUUGGUAUUGAAGAAGGACUAAAAGAUAUAAUCUCUGAGGAGUAUACUGAAAAUACCAUACGCUUAUUAUUUAACAUUGAUGGCUUACCACUGUACAACAGUUCAAGUCAACAAUUUUGGCCCAACUUGGGACUUAUUGUGCAUGAUAAAUAUGACUCAAAUCCAUUUAUUGUUGCAGUGUAUAGUGGUGAUUCGAAACCUAAAAAUGUUAACGAUUUUAUGAAAGACUUUAUUCAGGAG